UCGGCCAUCGUCCACUUGCACUGCUCCCUCUCACUCCUCUCAUUCGGCCCGGUCUGCAAACCCGACUUUUCCCUACCUUAUUACCGAACUAGACCGAACUAGCCAGACAAACGUUAGCAGACACUGCAACAUAACAUGCACCUAUCCCCCCCCCCAAACCACCUUGAUUUUGACAUUUCUCUUCCUAAACCGACCAUGGCAACACAAAACCCGACAUUCCCGCUUACCGCCCGGGAAGCCGGGCCCGAAUCCCCCACCCCAGCGGCCACCCUGCCGCCGAUAUCCCGCAAGAAGCAAGCGGCGGUGGUCUCGUCCGCCUUCGGGGCCAUAGCACUGACUAUUGGAUACAACCAGUGCUUCGGCGUGUUCCAGGAGUAUUACCUAUCACCUAGCCAAAAUGUGUUAGAUCCGUCUCCGUCCACGCUACCCUCACCGCCGACGGCCCUGCUCGCCUUCGUGGGCACGCUGUGCUACGGGCUGACCUGGGCCGGCGGCAUCCUCGUGAACCCCGUGAUCUCGCGCAUCGAGCACGGAAUCUGGGCUCCGACCACGCCCUCUUCUCGGAUCUGGCGCCGGAGGAUGCUCCGCCUGUUGACGCCCAGGACAAUCACCGUGUCGGGGGUCGUCGUCAUGUCCGCCGGCUUCGCGCUCGCGUCCCUAAGCAGUUCUAUAUGGCAGCUCCUGCUUACACAGGGGUUCAUGGUUGGCCUCGGGAUGUCGCUCUUAUACUUCCCGCUCCUGGCUCCUGCGCCCGAGUAUUUCACCAACCAUCGUGCUACGGCCAUGGGUAUUAUCCUAGCCGGCGGCGGCGCAGGCGGCCUCGUGCUCUCCCCCGCCAUCCGAGCCCUCCUCACCUCCCUCGGCGGCCGCUGGACCCUCCGAAUCUACGCCAUCUUCAACCUGCUCGCCGGCCUCCCAAUCGCCUGGGCCGUCCCACGCAGCCGCUUCGCCGGCACCAACCCAACCACCACCACCACCACAACAACCACCACAACCACCAACCCAGCCCCCACCAACCCAGCAGAAGAGCCCGCCGAAAACCCCCGCCCCAACACGCACCUCUCGCGCAGCCUCGCCGCGCGCCCAACAUUCCUCCUCUCCGCCAUCGCCGCCUUCCUGCAGGCGGCCGGCGGGCAGCUGCCGCUGGCCUUCAUCCCGUCGUACACGGUGUCGCUGGGGCUGGGGGCCUCCAAGGGUGCCGACCUGCUCGCGGCCAGCAGCGCGGUCAACGCCGCGGGCCGCGUGCUGACGGGUUAUGCGGGGGACCGGUUUGGGCGGCAGAAUACGCUUGUGCUGACGCUGUUGUUGGCCGCGGGGAGUGUUUUUGCGUUGUGGUUGGCUAGUGCGCUGGCGUUGGCGCCGGGUGCUGGGGUUGGUGGUGGUGGUGGUGGUGGUGGUGGUGGUGAUGGCGCUGCGGCUUCGCUCUGGUUGGCUUUCAUCGCGCUGUAUAGCUUCGCGAUUGGCGGGUACUACGCGCUGUUCCCGGCGCUGGUCGCCGACGUGUUUGGGAUUCGGCAGUAUGCCGCCGUGAACGCCUUCAUCCUCUUGGUGAGGGGGUUGGGGACCAUGUUCGGGAGUCCCGUGGGCGGGCAGCUGCUCGGGGCGCCGGGCCAGGGCGCGCGGGCGUACGUGAGCGUUGCGUACUGGGACGGGGCGCUCCUGAUGGCUGCGACGGUCUGCUGUGCUGGGGUCCGCUGGGCGGAUGCGAAGGGGAAGGGCUGGCGGUGGGUUGCUUGACCCACGGGUUGGUGUGCAUGAUAUGAUCUCAACUCUGAACGUACUAAUAUAUUUAGUCUAACUUAAACAAGGUAUCUUGGGAUAAGACCACAUUGCUUGAAUUGAAGAAUCCGUCCCGUUGUCGAUAAAGGC